UUCUUUGCUUUUUAUUCUUUUGGUAUUUUGAUCUGUUUGUCUUCUGUCCUUUAGGCGAAAACUUUAAGCAACAGUAGCCUCGUAUAUAGUUUGGUUGAAUAAAUUUUGUACUUAUUUAUUUUGUUGUGUUUUGUUCAAUUCUUCAGGUCCCAUGUUUUAUGUUAGGUUUUACUAGUAUUCAAAGAACGGUUUGAUUGUGUAUGACACUAACAUGCUUGAAUAUUUGUAUAGAGCAAUAAAUAUAUGUAUUAAUGCUUACUAUAGUAAUAAAGUCUUUAUGUAUUCAUUGACUAAUAUCGUUGAGGGUUACCUAUCCUGUUAUUACUUUCUUUUGGAUUACAAAUGACUUGAUAUGUAUCUGAACCAGACAAUUUGGCCAUGCUUCUUGCAACAUGCAGCAUAAAUUUUAUAAAGAUGACAUAUGAUAAUUACCCAUCUCAUUUCUAUAGUUUUUGUUGGUUCUCAUCUUAUUAGUUUUAUAGUGAAUGAAACAGUUUACAAUUCUUAAUUUGGUUGCCAAGAUCUCUGUUCUAUCUUUAAUAUUCUCAUCAAUGAAGGAACUCAUUUUGCUUUUCGUUCCCCUGCAUAUGUCUCAUAUUUUUUUUUGAAAUGUGAUGUUAUUUUGCUAUAGGAGCAUAGAAUGUAUGAUGCUCUGUCCAUGGAAUUUAUUACAGGGUAUAAGACAGGGGGAAAUGGCUGAAGGAAUUGUACACCUGGAAAGAAUUGCAAAUUUGGAAGAGCCAGAGGAAAAAAGUUCCAAAGCCCAUUAUUAUGAUGGAUUGGUAUUACUUUCAAGUGCUUUAUAUAAUGUAGGUCGCAAGGCUGAAGCUGUAAAGCAUCUGCACUGAGCUGCUGCUUAUAAUCCUGAGUAUAAUGAACUACUGCAAUGAUGUGAAAACGACGAUGAUGAUUUUCCAAGUGAUCUUAGCAGCAGCAGGAGAGGAGAUUACUAAUUUGUAAAGUGUACAAGAUGAUGUUGUAAAGUCAUCUGCUCGAGGCCACCUACACAACAUAUUCAUAUCCCAUAAGUUUUUGGACCAUCAAGAUCGUAGAGUCCUGCAAUAAUUCCCCGUCUUCAUUGUUCAACUCAUGAUGAACAUUCCGGGAAGGUUUUGCUAUAAUAAGGGAAUGUUAAUUAAAUUAUUUCAUUUCUCAGUUUGUUUAUUGAAUUGUAUUGUACAUUGAAAUAAGUUUUAACUAGUGCUUUGUAUGGCAGAUAGUGCCACUGCAGCACUCCAAAUCUUGGAUAGAUUAAAAUUAUGAGAACUGUUUCAUUUUUUGACUUCAAAAGAAGAGAGAGGAACUAUUUUAUAAGAAUAAUAAUUUAGAAUUGGGACGUUAUGUUUUGUAAUAAACU